CAACAUUAAUGCUCACGCUCAUAAUACAACAUACAGAGGUAAUGAAGGCCAAACAAACACUUAAGUUAAGAGUGUUUUUUAAAGGGAUUUGUUAAAAAAGUGACAUUUCCAGGUGGUUUAUGAUUCUGUUUUUAGAUUAACUAUAUAAGCUAAGGAGUAUUUCGAAAACAUCAUUAGUUUCUUGCAAACUUUUAAACACAAAACAAAAUCAACUAAAAUCCUUAAACAUGUACAAAUCUAUUGCUUGCAUUGCUCUCUUCUGCUUGGCUACCGUCAGCGCUGGCAUUCUUGAAACUCAUCAUGUUGUCCAGGAACCUGUCCUAGCCAAGGUGGGAUCUGUAGUACAUUCAGCUCCCUCGGCUGUGUCUCAUCAAAGUUUUACCCGUUACCACAACAAAGCUGUUGUUACUCCUGUUGUUACACCCGUAGUUAAGACAACUGUUCAUGCUGCUCCUGUUGUGUCUGUGGUAAAAUCUGCUCCCGUUGUUCAUACUUAUGAGGCUGCUCCAGUUGUACACUCUGUUCCCGUUGUACACUCCGCUCCAGUUGUUCAUGCUGCUCCCGUAGUACAUGCUGUUCACUCUUAUCAUCAUUAGGAGUAAUUUGUUAAAGACAAGGAUUAGUUGUGAUAUGAUAUUUGUUCAUUGUUAGUUAAUUGUAUGAAAUAAACAAAAUAAUUGAA